AUGUGUAAUCUUGCAAUCUUUCUGUCCAUUCUGGUCUUUGCCUCACCAAUACUGUCUCAUCAAGCCCUAGACCCUGCGGACACCUCCCAGAUCACCAUCAACAAAGUUUCCACAUCUGGAAGCGGCUGUCCCAAGCGCGCCGUGUCCAUCAACAUCUCCAACGACCGCACCGUCGUGACCCUUGGUUUCGAUGAGUUCCAAAUUGGCAUUGGCCGCGGCUUCUCCCGCGCCGACAGUCAGAAGAACUGCGAAAUCCACCUCAACCUCCACUACCCACCUGGAUAUUCGUACGCCGUCGCAGAGACAACAUACCACGGCUACGCACAGCUCGAUGAUGGGGUCCAGGGAUCUUUCAAGUCGGAGUACAUCUUUGCGGACGAGCAGGGGAAGGGCUUGGUUUCUGACUUGCUAGGCGGGUUGCUGGGAGGCUUGGUCGGUACCGUGAAUAACGCGCUAGGGAUAGUGACGGACGCGAUUAUUCCUGGAGGCGGUAUCUAUGCUGACGGGGAUACGUUCCAAUUGACUGACACGACUCCGAUUGAGAAGCGGGUUACAUCUCCGUGUGACGGGCAGGAUGCAGACUUGCUAAUCCGCACGACGAUCAGUCUCUCUGCGCGGAAUAGUAGCGCGGAGGGGAGCCUGAUGGAUGAAGAUGCAACGUUUGCGUUAACGCAGCAAGUGCAUGUAGUUUGGGAAAAGUGUGGGCAGUUGAGGGGUUAG